AGAUGAUUAUGUUAUUAUCAACAUUUAUAACAUUAUUCAAAAAAUAAUUUAUUUCCCGUUUUCACACAGCAUAAUUAUAUAUUUGCUGUUUUGUAAUUCGAUAAGAGACACAUCUGUUAUUCUUCAAGCCUGAAAAACUAUAACUAUGAUUCCACGAACAUUAAUAAAAAAUUGGAUUUCUUUACGUCAUUUUUUUCAUACACAUUAUACAAUCCAAUAUAAGGCCAAAAACAUCAAGUACAUUGGUUUUGGUAUAUUCACAAGUAUUUUGGUUUAUAGUACUUCAGGAAUCACAAUAUUCGCAGCACAAAAUGAGUUGGAUAUUAAAAAAUUUAUGGCACAACCUAUUACUGACAUAAAGAAAUUAAAGAAGAAGGAUGAUAUGAAAACAAAAAUGGAACUGUUAGUGAUGAAAACUCAAGCAGACUUUUGUAAAGCUUUGGAAUCCUUAGAAGAACCAGGCCAUUCUUUUAAAGUUGACAGAUGGAUUAGGAAGGAAGGUGGUGGAGGAAUUACUUGUGUUUUGCAAGAUGGAGUUGUUUUUGAAAAAGCUGGAGUAAAUGUAUCUGUCGUUACUGGUAUGUUACCACCGGGUGCAGUGCAACAAAUGAGAGCACGUGGGAAAAAAAUGGGAGAGGGAUCUGUACCAUUCUUUGCAGCUGGUGUAAGUGCUGUAAUUCAUCCGCGAAAUCCCAUGGUUCCAACAAUACAUUUUAACUAUCGUUACUUUGAAGUAGAAAAUUCAGAUGGUUCAAUUCAGUGGUGGUUUGGAGGUGGCACAGAUCUUACACCUUAUUACUUAAAUGAGGAUGAUGUAAAACAUUUUCAUAGUACUUUAAAAGCCGCAUGUGAUCAAUAUGAUCCUUCAUAUUAUUCAAAAUACAAAAAAUGGUGUGAUGAUUAUUUUUUUAUUACACAUAGAGGAGAACGUAGAGGAGUAGGUGGUAUCUUUUUUGAUGACAUUGAUACUCCUAGCCAAGAAGAAGCAUUUCAAUUCGUAAAAUCUUGUGCAGAAGCUGUUAUUCCUUCUUACAUUCCAUUAGUUGACAAACAUAAAGAUGAUGGAUAUGGAUAUAGUGAAAGACAAUGGCAAUUAUUACGUAGAGGAAGAUAUGUUGAAUUUAACUUAAUAUACGAUCGUGGUACAAAAUUUGGUUUAUAUACACCUGGUGCAAGAUAUGAAAGUAUAUUAAUGUCUUUGCCUUUGUCUGCAAACUGGCAAUAUAUGCAUGAACCAAAACCUGGUUCAAAAGAAGCAGAACUUGUUGAUGUAUUGAGAAACCCUAAGGAAUGGUUGAACUAAUAUAAACAAUAUCCUUUAAUGAAACUAUCAUUUCUUAACUUAAAGCUGCAAUUUGUAGCAAUAAUUUUGAAUGCUGCAGUUAAUUAUCUUUUUCCUAUUUUGUUUACAAGUAUUUUGUACAAUUUUGUGCAAGUGGAAUGUUAAUGAAAAAAAUGCAAAUUAAAAUAUAGAAUAAGGCUAUAUUUUUGAACCAUUUAAAUAUAUUUAGUAUAAGAAAAGAGUUACAUAUAUAUAAACUUUAUAUUUAAAGAAUUAAAUAUUGUAUAAACUAUAAAUUAUGUAUAAAAAUUGUACCUAUUAUUUUGAUAUACUUUAUAUGAAAGUAAUAUUUUCAUACAUUACAACUCUAUACAGUCAGUAUACAUUGUAUACCUUAAAUAUAAUAAUAUGGAUCUUCUCAAAUUAUUUUAGAUGUAUAAAAAGACAAAUGAUGACAAAUUUGAUGUAUUCUCAAAUUUAUUUAGUAAAAUAUUCAGUCUUAGAGUAUAUAUUAUAAAUUACAUACGUAAUCAUAAAAAUAAUAACAAAAAUUUAUUGUACAAAAAAUCAUUGGUAGAAAUUCAAUUAAAUUAAAUAUAAAAUAUUCUUUAAACCUAAAUGAUAUAUGAAGGAAGCAGAUUUCAAUAGAUGUAAUGAUUUCUGUUGUGUAAUUCUUGAUCACUCUUUUUACAGAACAAUAUAUAUACAAAGCAAAAAAAGAAAGAGUAUUUUAAAAUUCAUAAAAAUAUGGAGUUGUUUGUAUUAAUUAUGUACAAUUUUCUCUGAAUAAAUACAUAUCCAACAAACAA